ACAGUUACAACGUGAAAAUACUCCUCCUGUAACCAAAGCUGGUAAUGUACUUCUGGGUGUAGUUGUGACUUCUAUGACUUCUGGUGCUUUAUAUAAAUUUACACCCUUAGGAAACAUGUUACGUAAUAGAUUUGGAUGGAGUAAUAAUAUGAGAAAUUUUAACGGAGGAGACAAUGGAUUAUUUGAUUAUGCAUCAGAAUCAUUUAAUCCAUUUUCAGUGGGUGGAGAAGAACAUUAUAUUGGAUAUCAUCCAGCAUAA